AUGUCCGGUAAGCCCUGCCGCGACCCCCACCCCCCAUCCCCCCGCCACCCCAUUUUGGGUCUGUUUCGGGGUUCGCCGGGGUCAUUUCGCGAUGUUUUUCCACAAAUUCUUUCAGGAAAGCCCAAGGUGUAUCAAGGUGUUAGGGUAAAGAUUACAGUUAAGGAGUUACUGCAGCAGAGAAGAGCACAACAAGCAGCAACCGGUGCAGCGCUGAUUGCACAAAAAGCUGAUCAGCCUGCAAGCCACAGGCAGAGAGGCCUGGGUGAAGAGUGCACAGAACUGCUGGGCUUUGGAAAUGCUGGGUCAUUCCUCCCCUCCAGCUCUAACGAUCCCAUCUCUUCUGUUCCCAACUAUUGUCCAUCAUGGCAGUUCUCAAAUUGCCUCUCCUGUGAAGAAAGCCCUAGCUAUUUGGAGCAGCUGGUAGAUUCCUGUCUUCAGACAGAUGUUCCAUUAGACCCAGCCUUCAGUGCUUUCCAGCCAUCCUCGCUCUACACUUCAGACACCUUCCAGCCAGUCCCCUUCUGCUUUAACCAGGGCCUGGCUGCCGGAUCCCCCAGUUCAGCUGAUCUGCCCAGCCCAUUAAACUAUAGCUGCUCUCCUCCUCAGCUAUCUCCUUUCACCCCGCUGACCCACAGCUCACCGUCUGCUCUGGACACCAAGACCUAUGGCUACCCUGCGGAGGAGUGGUCCUGCCAUACCCCCUCCCCAUACACCACCUCAGCCUGCUGCUGCACAGCCUGUGGCUCCCAGCAUGAGGACAACAGGGUCCCGCAGUACUUCCCCUGCCCCAGCACGGACUGCAUGGACUACCUACCACCUGUGGCCAUGGCAGAUGACUUCUUCAGAAGGGAUAGGAACUGUGACAUCUGCUAUAGCUAA